AUGGAUGUCUUGGCUAGUUAUAGUAUAUUCCAGGAACUCCAGCUUGUCCACGACACCGGCUACUUCUCAGCUUUGCCAUCCUUGGAGGAAAACUGGCAGCAGACAUGCCUGGAGUUGGAGCGAUACCUUCAGACUGAACCACGGAAGAUCUCUGAGACCUUCGGUGAGGAUUUGGACUGCUUCCUUCAUGCCUCGUCAGCCCCAGAUGCAGAGGACAAUAUCCGACGGCUGGACCCCAUCCUUUUACCAGUGGAGACGAGUACGUGUGACAAAAGUGCCAGCAUGGACAUUAUCCUCUCACGGGACAAGCUGCUGUCUGAGACGUGCCUCAGCUUGCAGUCCACCAGCUCUUCCACAGAAGGCUACACAGCCGUCAACCAGGCCCAACUCAAUGCAGUAACCUCAUUAACGCCUCCUUCCUCUCCAGAGCUCAGCCGCCACCUUGUAAAAACCUCACAAACUCUCUCAGCGGUGGAUGGCACGGUGACGUUGAAAUUGGUGGCCAAGAAAACUUCACUCAGCUCCAUGAAAGUGGGUGUAGCAACAGCGACCGCGGGGACAAUAAAAAGUGGGCAAAGUGACAGUGAACAAGGAGGUACAGGGGCAGAAGCAUCCCCAGAAAACAAGAAGAGGGUUCAUCGCUGUCAAUUUAAUGGGUGCCGGAAGGUUUAUACAAAGAGCUCCCAUUUAAAGGCUCACCAGAGGACUCAUACAGGUGAGAAGCCUUACAAGUGCUCGUGGGAAGGGUGCGAGUGGCGUUUUGCACGGAGCGACGAGCUCACAAGGCAUUACAGAAAGCACACGGGUGCAAAGCCCUUUAAAUGCAACCAUUGUGACAGGUGUUUUUCCAGGUCUGAUCACCUUGCCCUCCACAUGAAGAGACACAUCUAA